GCGGUGCAUUGAUUUGACUCGCACAUCUGCAUCUCGACGGCAUUGCGUAUCCUAUUCGCCAAGCCUUUGUUGAUUCUGGCCGUCUUGUCUGUUGUCUUUUCCUCUUGUCGUCGGGCCGCUUUCUGUCGGUCGUUUUUUCUUGGAAGAAGCCACGCUUCCGGCUUGUCACUGGCGAGAAAACGCAGCCAAACAAGAAUCUGUCCCUUUUUUCUCCUCGAUACGAUAUCCAUCUCCGGCUCCCUCGAACCUUGCCGCAUCCUCUCCCGUCAUCGUCAUCGACUCCAGCUCUUCGCUUCCGCUCCUCGAUCCUCGACAUUUCGAAUCUCAAAUCUUCUUGCCUCUCUUCGCUCCUUAGCCAUCCGAUAAAUGCCAGACGCCACAGCCUCGGGUGCCGACACGGGCGGUGCUGCCCGGUCUCGCGAGCACAACCAGGGCAACCAGGGCCGCACGUACACGGUCGAGCAAAAGGCAGCCGUCCUGCGCAUCCGGAAAUGCAAGCCCACCGCCUUUUACGACAUCCUGGGCCUCGAGGCCGUCCGCAGCUCGUGCACCGACGCCGACAUCAAGAAGGCGUACAGGAAACAGUCGCUGCUGACGCACCCCGACAAGAACGGCCACGAGCACGCCGAUGAGGCCUUCAAGAUGGUCAGCCGCGCCUUUGGCAUCCUGGGCGACAAGGAGAAGCGGGAAAAGUACGACAAGUAUGGCACCGACCCGGACAGCCGCUUCGAGAGCGCCCGCGCACAGAACCCAUUCUCAGGCUUCGGCUCGCGACAAGCGGCGGCGGCGGGAGGCGGUGGCGGUCCCUGGGACGAUGAGAUGACGCCCGAGGAAAUGUUUGCGCGCUUCUUUGGCGCUGGAGGCGGUCCCUUUGGCGGAGGAGGCUUUGGAGGUCCCCAGUUCGUCUUCAACUUUGGCGGCGGCCCCGGCAUUCGAGUGCACCAAUUCGGCGGCGGCAUGCCCCGAGCGAGACCGCGAGAGGCCCAAGGAGCCCCCCAGCAGGAGCAGCACGGCCUGCAGACGCUGCUCGGCCUGCUCCCCAUCCUCCUCUUCUUCUUCGUGCCCCUCAUCACCUCCAUCUUCUCUGGCGGCUCCUCCACCCCCGCCACGCCGCGCAUGGUCUUUGACAGCCCCCAGGCUCCCUUCACCGAGGGCCGCACAACGCCGAACCUCAACGUCAAAUACUUUGUCGUACCCUCCGAAAUCGCCUCAUAUAGCAAGUCCAAGCUGCUUCAGCUGGACCGGACAGCCGAGCUCAACCUGGUGCGGCAGCUGCGGUACGAGUGCGAGAACGAAAUCAUGCACAAGCGGCAGUUGAGGGAGGCAGCCACCGGAUGGUUUUACCAGGACCCGGUCAAGAUGGCCGCUGCCGAUGCGUAUAAGAUGCCCUCGUGCCAGCGCCUGGAGACGUUGGGCGUGAGCCGGUCAUGAGACAUGGGGGAGACAAGGGUAAAAGAAGAAAAAAAAGAGACACAAUGGGCACUUUUCAUGAGGGAUUACGGACAUCAAAGACACUUGUUGAUAUGCUAUUUUAUAUACACUCGAAACGGAAUUGGCUGCAGGGAGUUGGGUUUUCUUUGUACGCUGGCGAGAGACACUGAAGCUUGUAGUAUGGCAUGAUGAGCAUGAGCGAGUAGAGCGACGUGGACGGCGUGUGA